AUGAAGUCAGGUGAUAAUAAUGCAUUGGUGAUAGUUGACAGUGGCAGCUGCGUCAAUGUCACUUCGGACACCUUUGUGAAGAAGGCUAACUUGAAGGUAGAAAAACAUCCUCAACCGUAUAAGGUAUCCUUGCUGAAUGGUCAGACCUUGGAGGUAAAUCAGCGCUGUUCCAUACCACUGAAACUUCAUAGGUAUGAGGAAGAGGUGUGGUGCGACGUAGUUCCUAUGUGCCUCACGGAUGUUUUGCUUGGUAGACCAUGGAUGUAUGACAAUGAUGUCAUGGUCGGUGGAAAGAAAAAUCAGUGUGUAUUCAAGUUCAAGGGAGUUCACACCGUCUUCCAUUCAAUCAAUGUACCAGCUGAUUUGUGCCAAUGGAGAGCCUUGAGAACCAACCUGAAGAGCACCGGUAAUGAGAAGAAGGUGCUGGCUGUUCCUCACAAGGAAUUCCUCCACACCAGCCAUGAUACGGGAAUGGUACUGGCUCUUGUUACAAGGGUGGUUACUCAACCUGAGGUAACAUUUUCUUCACCCAUCAAAGAGUUACUUUCUGAUUUUUCUGAUGUGGUUUCCGAUGAGCUGCCAGAUGAGUUACUGCCUAUGAGGGGUAUCCAACAUGCCAUUGAUUUGGUACCCGGUUCGGUGCUACCAAAUUUACCAGCUUAUCGCCUCAGUCUUACGGAGCAUAAUGAGCUCAAACGACAAGUUAAUGAGCUUUUUCAAAAGGGUUUUAUUGUGGAGAGUUUAAGCCCAUAUGCUGUACCAGCCUUGCUUACUCCAAAGAAGAAUGGUUCAUGGCGGAUGUGUUUGGACAGCAGGGCGAUAAAUAUAAUAACUGUCAAGUAUCAGUUCCCCAUUCCACGGCUUGAUGACAUGUUAGACAUGCUGUCUGGGGCAAUGGUCUUCUCUAAAUUGGACCUUAGGAGAUCCGAUUUGUAUCCGCCCGGGAGACAAAUGGAAGACCGCCUUCAAAACCAAGGAUGGCCUAUAUGA